UCGGAGAGAAGCGUCCAAGCACGACUCAUUUGGGAGAGAACAAUGAACUGUCUCGAAAAAGAGUGAAAAUGAGAGAUCUUGAGUCCGUGGUUCAAUCCGCAGAAACUAAUACCCGUCCUCAAGGGAGUUUUAGGGACAAAGAACAUAAAUUUCCAUUACCGUCGAGUGAAAAUGAUAUUUCACAAGUGACAGAGGUCCCUUUACCUCUGGAACACACUGCUUCUCAACCGGAACAAAUUGGAAGGAGCACAUGCUCGGUAGAGGUUAGUCCUGUCGUCAGAUCACUUGAUCUUAAUUCCGAAGCACUCUGUCCCAGAAAUUCAUCCUGUGAUGGAAGUGGUGAAUGUGGCAAGAAUCCCGCCAAAGUAUCCUUUCUUGGGAAGCACGAUAGGGAGCCCCUUACUACUUGUGUGAACUCCAAAGGAAUUGACGUUGAUCUUAAUGCAGAAGAUGUUACAAGCUGUAUAAAUCUGGGCUCGGCACAGUCUUUCAAAGAACACGAUCAAUUUAAGUCAAAGGACGUUUCUGAGAGUGGUAGCUGUACUGGGCCUUUAAAAGAAAAGGAUCCCAUGAGAUUAUGGAGGGAGAUGAAGCGAAAUGGUUUUCUUUCAUCUUCUCAUGGAGGUAUUCCUAUGCCAAGCAAACGUGGUAGAAAAAGUAAAAAUGAUAUCCUCAAGAAAAAGUUAGAACUUGCAAAAAGGGAACAAGUUGACAGGUUCUCAAAGAUUGCUGCUCCAAGUGGACUGCUGAAUGAGUUAAACCCGGGGAUUAUUAAUCACGUAAGAAAUAAAAAACAGGUCCAUUCGAUUAUAGAGGCUAUUGUGUCUGAAAAGCAUGAAAAUGCCAACGUCGGAUGCAAGCAAGCAGCACAUUUUGCAGGUGAAAGUACAGAAGUUAGCAAAAGGGAUUUCGAGUACGUAACAGGAACAGGAAAGCAUCAGCAUUCCUUUCAUCGAGAAGAAGGGACCGUGCACCAUUCUGCUGGUAGUAGGAAGGCAAAAAAGUAUCCCAUGGCAACGGAUGAUUCUUGGACUUUGGAGGGUAAGGUUGGUGAAAAUGACAGAUGCUUGGAGGAGAAAGAAAGGCUUAAAAGUUGUGGAUCACAAUUCACUCAUCUCGCCGAAGAUGACAUUUUAGCUCUGAAAUUGUCUUCAGCGAAGGCAUCUGUGAGUUCUAGCUCUAUGUCAAAUGAGGAAUCAUCAAACUUUCCUAGCGUUUCGUCUCUUUCCCUGAAAGCUGCUACUGUCGCGUCUCAAUGGUUGGAGCUCCUUCAUCAAGACAUCAAAGGGCGUCUCUCGGCUUUGCGUCGCAGUAGAAGGAGAGUUCGAACCGUCAUUAAUACUGAAUUACCUUACCUUAUGUCAAAGGAAUUCUCAAAUAUCCAAGAAAAUGAUUCUUCUGUUAUGAAAACCACUACCGAACUCCCGCAUAGUAUAAUUGCAGAAAUGCAUCGGACAAGAUGGACUGCUUUGUUUGAUCAGAUGGAUGAAGCACUCGCUGAAGAAGAAAAGCAACUUGAAAGUUGGUUAAAUCUAAAAGAAAAGCAACUGCUAUGUGAUCAGGGCCUCCAACAUGUAAAUUGGAACGCAACUUAUGGUUCGCAACAACCGGGGACUAUAGAAAAGGACUCCAGAGUUAGCUCAGAGAAAGAGUUAGCGGUCAGUGCAGCUGCGGCUUCUAUAUACUCAACAUGCAGUUUCCUAUUGUCACAAAGCUAAUUGAUCCCGAUUUGACGUUGAGAAUUGUAACCUCCAUUUAAUUAUUGCUGAUUUUUUUCUUCUUUCUUCUCCUCAGUGAGAAGCAGCGGCCUUCAGUAAAUUGUCAUCAACAUGUAGAAAAACUCAGCAUUCAGUUCUGAGAUGAGCAAGCUUUGCGGUUUGUUCAGAUUGUAACAUUAGCAUUUAGCUGUGGGAUAUUUCCCCCACCCGUUUUCCCCCUCUUUUGUCACAUUCAUUUGCCUGUGUCAGAGUAAUGCUAUGUCUAGAUAGUGACUGAACUAUUUCUCAUUGCAGCUACUUCACAUUGUAACAUUAGCGGUGUAAUUUCCCUCCUGUUUUCCAUCUCAUUUGUCUGAAUCUGUUAGAUUGAUGCUGUGCCUAAAUCUUUGGUACCAAUAAGUUGUUAAUUGAGAUUGUAAAUGGUCUCAUACCAUAAGGAAGAUAAUGCUAAGUCUAAGUCUGGACUGAA